AUGAAGGUCACCAUAAUCAUCUUUUUCCUGAUUGGAACUAUUUUUGCCAACCCAACUGAAAGUUUGUCUGUUUCACAAUCUUCUGAAAAUGACACCUCAGAGCUGAUGAGCUCUGAAGAAAAUAUUUCAAGUCAGAGUCAGAGUUCAGAGUCACAAUCAUUAGAAUCCACGUCGGAGGACACGACUUCAGAGGAGAGCAACAGUCUGUCAGAGGAGGAUGAUGAGACGGACUCUCUGGCAGAAACCAGGGAUGACAGCAUGGGCAGUGAGGAGAACGUUCGAAAGAGCUGGGUCCGAGUGUUCGCAAGUGUGAUCAAAAUACUGAGUGGAGAGGACAACAGCAGCAGCACAGAAGCCAAGGGUCCAUCCAUCGACCACACUGAGAAGCAGCCCACUCACACGUCCACUGGCACCACUUUCAAACAGAGGACCAACAUGGCUCAGGGUCACACAGACCUACAGACUACCACAGACAGCAGUGACACAACCAGCGACAGCACAGACUCCAGCAAUGACACCGGGGAAACAGCUGCCACCAGUGACAGCAGCGAGAGCAACAGCAGAGAAAGCAAUGAGACCGACGAGACCAGUGAGGACAGCGACAGCAGUGAGGCCAGCAAAAGUUCAGAAGAGAGUAAUGCCAGUGACAGCAACGAGCUGAAACAACUCAGAGACUGUGUGAAUGGGACACAGAGCUGCGAAAGUGAAGAGUAUUUCUUCCAGGACAUCGGAGACGAUGCCCAUUACUCAGUGGACAAUCUGAUGGUUCCAGAUGACAAUGAAAGGGAGUUCAUUUUAAGGAGAUGAUGACAUGCACUUGCGCAGUCAUUUCCAACUAUGAACUACAACACCAUCAAAUGAAGACUUCAGAAUGACAUAUUUGCUCAUACCCAUCGCUUCUGAAUGUUUUAUUUUCCCAUAUAAUGUUACCUGCAGCUGAUUGAUUAUUUUUAUUAUUAUAGUUAUUAUUAUUAUUGUGGGGAUGAUUUUAUUGCCUAAGCAUUUACCUUGUUUUAAAGUAUUAAUAAACUAAUAACCGUUGUUUUGGGUGCUUGCAUGCUUUAAGCUUUAAGUUAUUUAGACAUGUAGUGGAAAAACUAAUAUCCCAACAUUUAGACCUGCUCAGGUUUAUAGUUGUAGUUAGCUAUUUAUUUUGAAUUGCUGUACCUUACAGAAGACAAUUGGUCUUUUUAAAAUAUUCAUACAUUUAAUAAAUAAGUAGCACUUUGCUGACUAUGAUUUGAAAUGCAAAAAUCCCAAGACUGUAUUUUGAUUAGCUAUAAAUAUUACCUACCAAUGUAUAGGAUAAAGCAGUUCAAAUAAACUCAGCUGUAAGGCAAAUCCAGCAAUUUAACAUAAAGUAUAGUAGACCUAUGAAGGCUAAUAUACUCUAUGUUUCAUGAGCUUUAUAAUUGUUUAGCGCAUUUAUGUUUAUAAAAAGCAGCAAAAGUGAAUGCUAUAAAUGUGUACACUUUUACUGAUAGUUCUGAUAUUUUCUUCCACCACAUGGAUUAUUACAACAAUAAAAAA